UGGAGGCCUAGUCACGCCCCUAAAGGAAGCUCCACCCCAUACCCGUGGCCACUAAAAAACCGCCGGAAGCAGGAAAGAGCACAGCAGUUUUCUAUUUCCGGUGUAUUGUAUCCUCACGUUUCCGGAGAUUGGCGUUGCUCUUGUGUUCUCGCGAGAGGCGGGAAAGGGCGCAGGGUUUGAAACAUGGCGGACGACGUAGACCAGCAACAAACUACCAACACUGUAGAGGAGCCCCUGGAUCUUAUCAGGCUCAGCCUAGAUGAGCGAAUUUAUGUGAAAAUGAGAAAUGACCGAGAGCUUCGAGGCAGAUUACAUGCUUAUGAUCAACAUUUAAAUAUGAUCUUGGGAGAUGUGGAAGAAACUGUGACUACUAUAGAAAUUGAUGAAGAAACAUAUGAAGAGAUAUAUAAAGUUCGCCCCCUUGGUUCAGUCCCCCUAGGUCCAUGCCGGCUACGAGUGGCACUUGAACAGGCGACAGUCCGAACACAGGGACUACAAGGACAUGAAAGAAGAAGGUCUGCUGGAGCAGAGGAACUGAAAUUGAAAUGUGAACGGGGACCCCGGGACGAGUCUGCCAGCAGCGUAUAUCACUUAGGGGCACGUGUGUGGCACUCCUCACGGCUGACAUGUGAAAGUAGAAGUCCAGGUUUCCCACUCAGCCUCCGCUGACACCAACGUGUGGGGGUUCUCAUUACUGCCAAGUUGGGGGUAACAGUUCCUUCUCUCCAACAGUCUCACUGACAGUUCGAUGGAGGUGGCCUCGUCGCUGCUGGGUGCUGCUGAAAGUCCUGACCCUCCCAAGACUUCCUUGGACACACUGGAGAGUGAAGAGAGGGAGAGACGCCACAUUAUUGCUGGUGGGAGUGAAAAUCCAGAGUCUCCAUGUGAGUGGCCUCCAUGAGGGUGGGGAAGGAUGAGCUGAUUGCCAGCCAGCGAGGGUGAGGGCUUCGGCUCUCUACUUGGCCUUCUUGGAUACCGCUCCAGCCGGGCUACUGGGAUCCUUGUUACAGCCUCACAAGUGGGGGCGUCUAGGCUCCCAAACACCAUUUGCUUUGUGUGAUUUGUGUGGUGUUUAGCUGGAGUAGAACAGGUUGCCUAAAAGUUUUCUCUCUUGCUAAGCUGCCUUUUCCUGGCCAUUUGGUGAGAGAGUAGGCUUUUGUCGAGGUUUUUCUUUGUGUUUCCAGGUCACUAGCUUCUUCCGCUCCAAGUCUCUUCCCAAGACAAUUUGAUUCCUAUCUGAGCUUGGGAAGUCUGUGCUCAUAUUACUCAGGGGAGUCGCAGUAGCACCGAACCUGCCUCAGAGGAUCUCCUGAACUUGGAGAGAGAUGAUUAUGGAUUGCAGACAGGAGCAUAAUAUGAAAAAUAGAAGAAAACCAUGUCAUUUGUACUUUGAGUAUGUGUUGGGUGUUUGAAAAGUGAUUUUUUUUCAUCAUAUGUACUAUCUUUAUUACUCCUUUUUUUCUUUUUGUUAUUAUGAUGAAAAGUUCAUGGUCAUUGUAGAAAAAUGAGAAACCAAGGUUAAGUAAGAAGAAAACUUUAGGCAGGAGGAUCGCUUGAGCCCAGGAGUUCAGGCUGCAGUGAGCUAUGAUUACAUCACUGCACUCCAGCCUGGGCAGCAGAGCGAGACCCUGACUCAAAAAACAAAAAAUUUACAAUAAAGUUGAACUUUACUGGGCAUCAAGAAAAAAAAGAAAAGAAGAAGAAGAAAACAUUGACCUAAAUGAGAGAUACGUGGAAGCUGUGUAAGUCUCAGGUGGUACGCCCACAAAGCAGGCCUGCCUGUGUCCACCAGUGCAGCCCCUCUGACAUUUCUGUUUCCUCCCUCUAAGCCUUCAGGGGCAUCUGCCCAGUGCCAGGUCCUAUGCUGAGUGCAGGUAGUGGAUGUACAAGUCAGACCUGCAGAACAGAGCCACUGCCUGUUGACAAGAAGGAGGGGAGGCCGCCCCAGGCAGAGGGAGUGGCAUUGCAAAGAGGCAGAGACAAGAACAACUUGGUGCAGUAUUUUCAGUGUUGCUAGGCAUUGCAGGGAAGGAGGCUGCGGUGCUGGGCUGUGCAGUCCUAAGUUUGCACCUGUUCUGUGGGCCACAGGAAAGCAGAGUCUGAGAUGAGGACAGUAUUAGUUUGCUAGAGCUUCCAUGACAAAAUACACAGACUAGGGGGUUAAGCAACAGACAUUUAUUUUCUAACAAUUCAGGAGGUCGGAAGUCUAAGAUCAAGGUGUUGACAAGUUUGGGUUCUCCCAGGGCCUCUCUCCAUGGCUUGCAGGUGGUCACCUUCUCACUGUGUCUUCACAGUCUCUCCUCUGUAUAUGCAAAGCCCUGGGGUCUCUGUGUGUCCAAUCUCCUCUUUUUAUAAGACCUCCAGUCAGAUUGGAUGAGGGUCCACCUUAACAGCCUCAUUUUAACUUGACUAUCUCUUUAGAGGUCCUGUCUCCAGAUAUGGGCAUGCUCUGAUAUACUGGGGGUUAGGAUUUCAACAUAAAAAUUUCUGGGGUGGAAAAGGGGAUGCAGCUCAGCCCCUAACAGGAAGCGAGCAGAGGAAUGGCUGGAUCCUAGCUCUGUUACAUAAUUGGAUUUCUGGCAUCAUGGAGGAUGGAUUGCAGGGAGAGGGGGCUCAGAGACUGUCAGAUUUUUAAAGAAAAGGCAAGAGACAGUGGAGAUACAAACAGAGGUGGGAGCCAUGGGCAUGGAGAGCAGCAGGUGGGUCAGGGUGGGAGGGACAAGCAGAGAGAGGUGAGAGGGACAUCAGUGAGCCCACGCUCAGGUCUUGGAGGCUCCUGGCCCCAGCUCCCCUCUAGGAGAAGCCCUCUCACUGGGAUCAGCCUCUGAGGCUGGCCUCCUUCCUCUUCCCUCUUGAUCCAAUCUAGUAAACCUGCUUGCUGCUUUCCUCAAACAGAAUGCCCCCAAAGAGAUCCACAGGAAUACACAAUGCAAUUAAAUUUCUGGAAACUAAAGACAGAAAAAAAUUGUGAAACUGGGUCAGCUGCAGUGUAGCUGAUUUACAGAGUCAAUAAUAACUCCACAGGUGUGCGCAGAGCGGCACACUCCUCAUUAAUGGGCCCUUUUUGCCAGGUUUUCUGUAUCAGAAUUAUGCUAGUUUCACAAAAGGAAUUUGGAAGCUUUCCUUCUUUCUCUGUGCACUGAAAUGCUUUAAAUAGCAUUGGAGUGAUGGUUCCCCUAAAGAUUUGGUUGGGUUCACUUAUAGGCCUGGUGAUUUUCCCCCCUUUUCACAUCUUUAUGAAGGUGGUCCCUUGAGAUCAUCACCAUAAUCAAGAUGGCAAGCAUUUCCAUUGCCCCCAAAGUCCCCUCGUGCCCUCCUGUGUAUAACCCGCCCCUCCUCCACUCCGUCCCCAGGCAAUCCUUGGCCUACUUUCUGUUUUUAUAGAUUUGUUUGCAUCUUCUAGAAUUUUAUGUAAAUGAAAUCAAACAGUACUUUCUUUGGCUUUUUUCACUCAGCGUAAUUAUUUAGAGAUUCACACUUUUAUGUAUCCAGAGUUUAUUCAUUUUUAUUGCUGAGUAAAAUUCCAUUGUAUGAAUAUACCACCAUUUGUCUAUAUAUUCACCAGUUGGGGGACAUUUGAGUUGUUUCCAGCUUGAGGCUAUU